CUCGUGAGUCUUGGCGCCAGAGCAACUCGUGGGGGGACAGAGUGGAGGAGGAGCCUGCGCGUCCCCCCGGCCAUGGCAUACACAUGCACGAGAAACUCUCCUCCCCCUCACGCAAAAGGACAAUAGCGGAAUCCAAAAAGAAACAUGAAGAGAAACAAAUGAAAGCUCAACAGCUGAGGGAAAAGUUACGUGAAGAAAAGACACUGAAGCUUCAAAAAUUAAUGGAGAGGGAGAAAGAUGUGAGGAAAUGGAAAGAGGAGUUGUUAGAUCAAAGACGGAGGAUGAUGGAGGAGAAAUUGCUCCAUGCAGAAUUCAAACGUGAAGUGCAGCUACAGGCAAUUGUGAAGAAAGCCCAGGAGGAAGAAGCUAAGGUCAAUGAAAUUGCAUUUAUAAACACCUUAGAAGCUCAGAACAAACGCCACGAUGUGUUGAACAAGCUGAAGGAGUAUGAGCAGCGCCUCAACGAGCUCCAGGAGGAGCGGCAGCGGCGGCAGGAGGAGAAACAAGCCCGGGAUGAGGCAGUUCAGGAGCGCAAGCGAGCGCUGGAGGCAGAGCGGCAGGCGCGGGUGGAGGAGCUGCUGCUGCGCAGGAAGGAGCAGGAGGCUCGGAUCGAGCAGCAGCGGCAGGAGAAGGAGAAAGCCCGAGAAGAUGCUGCACGGGAGAGGGCCAGGGAUCGAGAAGAGAGGUUGGCAGCUCUUACUGCAGCUCAGCAAGAAGCCAUGGAAGAACUGCAGAAGAAGAUUCAGCUGAAGCAUGAUGAAAGUAUUAGAAGGCACAUGGAACAAAUUGAGCAAAGAAAAGAGAAAGCAGCUGAAUUAAGCAGUGGAAGACAUGCUAAUACUGAUUAUGCACCAAAACUUACACCGUAUGAACGAAAGAAACAGUGCUCACUCUGCAAUGUCAUGAUUUCAUCAGAAGUGUAUCUCUUUAGCCACAUUAAAGGGAAAAAGCACCAACAAGCUGUGAGGGAAAACAGCAGCAUACAAGGACGAGAGCUUUCAGAUGAAGAAGUGGAGCACCUGUCGUUAAAAAAGUACAUUGUGGACAUUGUGAUUGAGAGUUCUGUUACUGUGGAACCACUGAAAGAUGGAGAGGAGAAACAGAAGAUUAGAAAGAAAGCCAAAAAGCUGAAGGCAAGGAUGAACUCCAGGGCGAAGGAAUAUGAGAGCUUGAUGGAAGCAAAAAGUGCUGUGUCUGACUCCCCAUUUAAAGCCAAGUUACAGCGAUUAGCAAAAGACCUCCUGAAGCACCUCCAGAUGCAGGACAGCUGUUCCCUGGGGAGCAACAAAGUUCCUGGUCUGGACAGGACUUUGGGAGAGAUCUCUCGUAUUCUGGAAAAAGAGAACACAGCAGAUAAGAUAGCAUUCCGGGCUGCUGGAGGUCUGAGUGCCCUUGAGAAUGUUCUCCAAACAGUGACUGCUCCCACCAACCUGAAUGCAGUUUCACGGGUUCCCUUCAAGUCCCUGUGCAGUGCAGUGAAUGUUUACAGCCUCGCCUGCAGCAACUGUGCAGAAAACUGCACCUAUGUUCUCUUCAGCAAUAAGAUCACUUUUCUGAUGGACCUGUUGAUACACCAGUUUAUGGUCAGUGUUCCAGAUGACCAUAAUGCUACUGCAGGCAGAAGUGUAAAUAAGCAGGUAUUUGAAGAUUUAACAACAGGACUUCUGAGGAUAACUGCUGUGAUUUUCAGAUGUCUAAUCUCCAGCUUCCCAGAUGGAAACAGCCACUCUACUGCACUGAAGAUACUACAGGAAGUGAAGAGUAAAUCCUCACAAGUGGAAGCUUUCAACAGCAGAGUCCAAGACUUAAUCAGUUAUGUGGUGAACAUAGGAUUGGUAGACAAGCUGUGCUGCUGCUUCCUGUCUGUGCAAGGCCCUGUUGAUGAGAAUGCCAAGACAGCCAGUUUCCUGCAGGGUGCCACGGCCAUGCUGCACGGGAUGUGCCAGCUCUGCGUCGCUGUCAGUGGCAGAUCUUGGAACAUAUUUGACAACACACGUCAGGACCCCACAGGACUAACAGCAGCUCUUCAGGCUACGGAUCUGGUUGGAGUCCUGCACAUGCUGUACUGUGUUCUGUUCCACGGGACGAUCUCCGACCCGAACACAGCCAGCCCCAAGGACAGCUAUGCUGCCAACACAGUCCAGGUUGCCAUUCAGAGUUUACGUUUCUUCAACAGCUUUGCUGUGCUUGACCUGCCUGCCUUCCAGUCUAUUGUGGGUGCUGAAGGACUGUCCCUCGCCUUCCGGCACAUUAUCAGCUCCCUGCUGUGGUACUGCUCCCAGCACACCUGUGAAGGAUUGCUGCACGAGGUCAUCAUCUGUGUGGGUUACUUCACUGUGAACAACACAGACAACCAGCUCAUUGUCCAGUCCGGCCGUCACCCCACGGUGCUGCAGAAGCUCUGCCAGUUGCCUUUCCAGUAUUUCAGCGAUCCUCGUUUAAUCAAAGUGCUCUUCCCCUCGCUGAUAGCUGCGUGUUACAAUAACCCUCAGAACAAGAUCAUCCUGGAGCAGGAGAUGAGCUGUGUUUUGCUGGCCACCUUCAUUCAGGAUUUUGCACAGAGCUCAGGCCAAGUGGAUAACCAGUUGUCUCAGCAGAGAGAAAAAAUUUUCAGUUCUCAAGAUUAUCUUGAGCUGUCCAACAGAUUCCCCCGGCAGUCCUGGGAAGAGGCUCGACAGUUUUUCUUGAAAAAAUAA